AUGAAGCUGUCGCCGAAAACAAAUUCAAAUUUAAUUGCCAGCAAUAAAAAAGCCAUUCAUAUCAUCAAAAAGUAUAAUCAGACAACAAUUAUUAUUGAUAAUAAUUUAAUGCUGCAGCCAGUUUAUUCUUGUAUAUCACGAAAAGGAAAGACUCAUUGUCGACGGGACGAGACAAUAUCAUUCGUCGUUUUCAUUGUGACUCAUGAAGGAAAUAAUUAUCGUCAACGAAGAGCUUAACUUGCGGCAAUUUACGACAAACUAAAAGGACAGACCUCGGGUCAAACGUGUACUGAAAAUCUACAUUCAAGAUGAUGUGGUUGUUAAUGAAAAAGCUGACGACUUUAAUUUAAAUUUUUUAUCAUGAUCAAGUGCACCAAUGGUAAAGGCGAACCCGAAGAUAGCAAUUGUAGCAACCCAUGAAAACAACCUUAAUGUACGAGAAAGUGGAGUAAAGAUAUGUGACAUGCGCAAAGCUGUGUUUUGUGGAUCAGCUGGAUCAGCUGGAUCAGCUGGACGAUCGGGACUAUCUGGAUCAUUUGGAUGCUGGAUGCAUAUACGUUUUGGAUGUGGUUGUAAUAGGUUGCAACAUUGUCACAACUGUACAUGAUACAAAUAUUUACUGCUGUUGAACAGAAAGUUAAAACCCAGUUUUUAAUUACGUAUACAUUUAAAAAAGUCAUUAAUUAUAUCAAGUAUUUUCAAUCAAAUUUUUAAAAUCUAGUAUUCAACACUUGAAUUAUCCAUCGAAUUUUUUAUUAAAAAUAAAAAAUGGAGAGUAAUCCAAGAAAAAAAAGAAAGAUGGAGACUGAAUUCACGGAGCAAGAAGCAAGAAGAAUGUUUUGGACUGCUUCUCAACGCUACGAAUACGAUAAAAUCAAUUUUAUUAAUAUGGGAACUGAUAUAAUACGUUUAUUAAGUAAUGACGAUUAUAUUGAAGAUAUUGUAAAUAAUAAUUAUUAUAAUUCCAACAAACUAAGUUUGCAAAAAGCAAUAAAAUAUCCUCGUUUUUCUGUGUUUAACAUGAAACGACUGAUAGCUAGCGAUCCACGACUCGAAAAAAUAUGCAUAGAUGGUCGGAACAAUUUCUUCUAUUCAAGCUAUGUGUCAUAUACAUUUAAUAAGGGUAAAGCUCAUUCAGAUAAGAAAUUACAUGAAAAAGUGGACGAUUUUAAAUACCUAAUUAAUUUAUAUGGAUCACAUUUAAAAGUUCUAAAUGUAGAAGAAUAUCCUUUUUCUGAAAUAAUGCCACUGAUCAAUACUAAUUGUCCUAAUCUCAAUGAACUUAUAUUACAAUUCAAAAAAAUUGAAAGCCAAGAUUUUGAAAAUGUUUUUUCUAAUAUGUCUCAUCUUGAAGUACUGAGGAUUAAUUGGCAAUGUGAAGAUUUAAAUCUACCAUUGACUUUGGUUGAGUCAUUAGAACAAGUUGGUGGAACCUUGAAAGAGCUAUGUCUUUCACGUAAUCAAAAUCAAGAUCAUCUCUGCCUACCAGAUUCAUUGGCUUCCGUAUUUCUUCAAUUAAUCACUUUGGAAAAGUUGAAUAUAAUUUAUUUUGAACCAAGCCAAUUAUUACUCCAGUCGAUAAGUAAAAUGAAAAAUUUGGUUCAUCUAAGAUUCAUGUGUUCUUGGCUGAACAAUGAUCCAGUUUUUGAUGAAAAAAUUAAUAUGUAUCCAAUUGGAAAUUUACAAAAUCUCGAGACACUAUAUAUUAAUUUUGAUUGUGGUGUUACAGAUGAAUUUUUAAUUAAUCUCAGUAAUAAUGCUAAAAAAUUAAGACAUUUAGAUAUAAUUGGUAAAAAUAUAACAGAUAAUGGUAUGAUUGCACUCAAUAAUCUAAAAGAAUUAGAAUCACUCAAAUUUAAUUUAAAUGAAUUAGAAGAAAAUAAUUUCAUCACGGAUAAAUCAAUUGAAUGUUUAAUUAACGAAAAAUUAGAAUACUUGAAUAUAUCUAAUUUUACUAAAAUCACUAAUAGAUCGAUGGUCAAACUUUUUGAAAAUUUGCCGAAUUUAACUACUUUAUAUGUUAGAAAUACUAACAUAACUAUUGAAGUUGCCAGAGAAUUGUCAAAAUUAACAUUAUGUCAUAAGAAAGCAAUAUUUGUUUAUGUAUCUUUUGAAGACCGUGAUAAUGUGUUUAAAUCAUUUGCGCUGACAGAUUUUUUUUUCAAGUCUAAUUUUAAUACUUGUAAAUACAUCGAUAUAUUAAUCUAGAUAUUCACUAUUUUAAAAAUUCCAAAAAAUAUCACUUAUUAAUA